CAACACGGAAGCGGUUUGGAUCAGAUUAACUCAUAAUUGUGUGCAGUUGUCGGUCAAGAAAUGUCUUUUCGUAAUAUUUCCAAAGAGGCACUGGCUGGAUCCAUCACACUGGGAGUUGUUUUAGUCGCUGGUUAUUUAUUAGGGAAAAAGAGAUCUCCCAGGAUGAGCAUCUUCAAAAGUCACGGCGAGGGAAAAGACAACCCGCUGAUGCAGUAUGUCCUCAAUAACUCCUUGAGGGAGCAUCCGGUUCUGAAGAAACUAAGACUGAGGACACUGGAGGAGUCAGCGAGCAUCAUGAUGGUCGCCUGUGAGCAGUCGCAGUUCAUGGCCAAUCUGGCAAAACUAAUUAAAACCAAGAAAGCCUUAGAGAUUGGAGUCUACACCGGUUACAACACGAUGAACAUUGCACUGACUUUGCCUGACGAUGGAGCCAUCGUGGCAUGUGAUGUCAGUGAAGCCUACACCAACAUCGGCAAACCAUUCUGGAAAGAGGCUGGAGUCGACAAAAAAAUCGAUCUACGCAUCCAGCCAGCACUGAAAACUCUAGAUGAUCUCUUGUCAGACGGCCAGGCUGAAACAUUCGACUUUGUCUUCAUUGAUGCAGACAAAGUAAACUAUGACAACUACUACGAAAAGUCUCUGCAGCUGUUGAGGAAAGGGGGCAUCAUUGCUAUUGACAACGUGUUGUGGGGUGGAAGUGUGGUGAAUCCUAGACCUGGAGAUUUAGACACCAUCGCCAUCGACAAGCUGAACAAGAAGUUGCAUCGAGAUGCUCGAAUCAACCUGAGCAUGCUCACAGUGGGAGACGGGCUCACAAUAGCCAUCAAAUUAUAAGACAGAAGUCUGAUAAGUGCAAAACUUCAUAGGCUAAGGAAGGUAAUUCAGGGACAUUGUAUGUCCUAGGUCAUCUAGGAGUUAGGUCAUCUGCUGUGAUGGUAGCUGCUAAAAUAUAUACCAUCUGGACUUGGGUCACUACAAGUUAAUGUGGAAAUUUUGGAACAGUUUAUUAAGUAAUUUCAAUGCCAGAUUUAUUACUCAAUCUGUACUUUCUCAAUUUUACAGUUACGAAAGAAAGUGUGGUGUUUGAAUUAAAAUUGCGAAUAAAUUUGAUUUUUCAAAAAAA